ACGAAGUUGGCGCGCGAGUGAUGCGACGACUUCACGUAUUGUCUUCAGCUGCCGACGCGAUUGUCGGGAAGUUAGCGCCGAAAUAUCGCGGCCCCUGCACAGUUGUUGGCUGUCGGGGAACUAACCUUUACGAGGUGCGUGAUGAGGACUCCGCGGCGGUGCAUGUGGUCCAUGCCAAAGACCUAAAACCUUUCUGUGCGCGCGUUUAGUGGUAAGGUGGUGGAGCUUAGUUGUGGCUACUAACUAACUCUGUAGUGACGCUUUAUUUUACUCUUAUAUACUAAUAUAGCCUACUUUAUCCCUUAACUGAUUUCCCUUCUAGCUUUGUAGUGCUUGUACCUAGCUUGUAGCGCCUGUACCUAGCUUGUAGCACCUGUACCUAGCUUGUAGUACCUAGCUUGCAUGGUCCCGCUUAGUUCUGGUUUUGUUGGGUAGGUACGAUGGCAUCCGAUCCCCGCCCGUCUACGCCGAGCCGAGACAUCCUCGACCCCGAGGACAUGGUGCUGGACCAGGAGAUCGGGGACUUCCUGGCGGCCAACUGGUCCUGGCCUUUCCGGGUGGACCCCGGGGACGUCCUCGACCUGGAAUGCUCAGACCUCGAGGAGGGGGAGGUCCCGGCCCGAUCAUCGCCACGGGCCACGGAGCCGUCUCCUCAGCCCGACCGACCGACCUCGCCGACGGUGGAUCCCCAGCCGGCCGUCGUCUCUCCGCCGGCUGCGUCGCCUCCGCUCCGAGUCCGGUUCGCUUCGUCACCUCGGCGGCGGAUUCAGAUUUCUCCGCCCCGUUCUCUUCAGAUUUCUCCGCCCCGUUCUCAUCAUCGCCCCGCCUCUCCGCCCCGUUCUCAUCGUUGCCCCGCCUCUCCAUCUCGUCAUCAUCAUCGCCCCGCCUCUCCACCUCGUCCUCAUCGUCGCCCCGCCUCUCCAUCUCGUCUUCCUCGUCGCCCCGCCUCUCCACCUCGUCCUCAUCGUCGCCCCGCCUCUCCAUCUCGUCCUCCUCGUCGCCCCGCCUCUCCAUCUCGUCAUCAUCGCCGCCCCACCUCUCCGUCUCGUCGUCAUCACCGCCCUGCCUCCCCGCCCCGUCAUCCUCGCCGUCCUGCCUCUCCGCCCCAUCGUCGCUGCCGUCCCGUCUCUUCAUCCCGUCAUAGCUGCCGUCCCGUCUCUUCAUCCCGUCAUAGCUGCCGUCCCGCCUCGCCACCCAGUCGCCAUCCUGGCCCCGCCGCACUGCCUCGCCCACGUCUUGUCUUGCCGACUCGUCGCCUGCCCGAGCGUCGCCGUCGCGACUCCCCUCCUCGCCGCCCCCGUCUGGGAGAAGCACCAGCUGGAGCCGGAGCGGGCCCAGCGCGCCGCAGACCGUCCCCCAUCAUCUGGGAACCAGCUCGACCGAGUGGCCUGGCCCGAGCCCCUGUUCGCCGGACAGAGCCCGAAGAGACGGUCACCGGGAACGCCCUUCCGCUGUCCCGGGCAGUCCUACUACGGCUGGUAGCCGCCUACAACCAGCUCACACCGGAGCAGCGGCGCAACAAACGCUGGAGAAUUAUGCUGGGAGGCGACCGAUACGUGCGGCUGCGACCGAGCCAGGUGCUGCGAGUCGUCCGAGGCCGACUGCCGGAGCUGAGGCGGCGCUUCCAGCAGCAAGGAGGCAAUCGACCCCGCUAAACCGCCCUGGGCAGUUGUAGGGGCCGUCGACUCCUAAUAACCACCUGGGAGGUGGUGCUAAUAGAACCCGCAGAAUAACCCCUGCCAGGGGUGAUAAAUCCGUACUACCCUACCUUCGUCAACCCCACCAUCUUCGGUUUUCUUCGCUCCGAGUCAUUUCCGUCUAGACCUCUGAGGCGAUUAGGCCUCAGACUGUCUACCUCAUUUCUAGGUUCGUCCGCUUUUCGUCGUCAACAUCCUUAACCA